AUGGAGAUUGACCUGGAUGAGUCAAAGCAUGUAACAAACAUGGAAAUUGACCUGGAUAAUGAGUCCAAGCAUUACGUGGUCGGCGAUCGGGUUACCGGUAGCUUAAAAUUCGCCUCAACUGGUGGUGUACUGGCAUCGGGUGUCCGGAUAAGCCUGGUCUGUAUGGGUGAGGCCAACUGGACUGAGCAUGUAGCAUUAGCUAAUGGUGCUCUCAUGUACCGUAAUAAUAGAAAGUUUUUGGACGCCCCCUUUGAUAUGGACAAAAAUGCUCUCGAAAAACACCUGGAUCGUGGUGUGCAUACAAUUCCUUUCGACAUAAAGAUCCCUGAUGAGCGAGUAUUUUUUGGAUUACCCUCGUCAUUCGAGGACACUCACGCCUGGAUCCACUAUAAUGUGGAGGCGGCUAUUGAUGAGCCCGAUAGUGAUGAGGUGAACACAAUCAAGACCCGGAUCACUGUUGACUCGCCCAUGAGUCACAAUCUUAAGGUAUUCGUGGCCGGACAUGCUGACAAAACACUGUCGCUGUUCCCUAAUAUGGGGUCUGGAUCUAUUGCACUUUACACCAGUUUAGCCCGAAAAGGCUAUUUACCAGGCGAGACACUUGAAGUGCUCUGUUAUGUGACCAACAAAUCGACAGUCGAAGUGACCCCCAGAGCUAUUCUAUACCAGACCCGUGUCUACCAGUCCGGGGAAUGCCAUAAAGCCGUAGACCGAGUGCUAACUGAGCCCAUAAUUGGCAAUAAGAUGGCCAGUAAUGCAAACAAUACGGACAUAAUACACGUGCCGAUACCCAAAACAGCCUCACUGUCCAUCAAAAGUGAUGUCAUAAGUGUUAAAUACGUGGUGCAUGUAUUCGUGGCCGGACAUGCUGACAAAACACUGUCGCUGUUCCCUAAUAUGGGUUCUGGAUCUAUUGCACUUUACACCAGUUUAGCCCGAAAAGGCUAUUUACCAGGCGAGACACUUGAAGUGCUCUGUUAUGUGGCCAACAAAUCGACAGUCGAAGUGACCCCCAGAGCUAUUCUAUACCAGACCCGUGUCUACCAGUCCGGGGAAUGCCAUAAAGCCGUAGACCGAGUGCUAACUGAGCCCAUAAUUGGCAAUAAGAUGGCAAGUGUUAAAUACGUGGUGCAUGUGACCCUGGACAUCCCACACGCUGUGGACCUGCAUAUUAGUCUACCGAUUAUAGUCACCACUCAGUCUGCUUUAGACCGCAAUUAG